UACACCCCAUUUUUUUAACUGAUCAAGGGGACCAGUAACACAACAGCCUAACCCCUCCCCUGCUUUGCGUUACGUAUUUUAUGAGCUUUCCCUCUAAUAAAAAUAGGUCAAUUAAUAAAUACUUUGUAGGACGCCCAAACUUUUCCACUAAGGAAUGUGAGGCUUUGGUCGACACCGUUGGACUUCACUACGAUGCACUCUUUGGAAGAUUUAGUUCAACCUUGACCAACAAUCGGAAAAAUGAGCUAUGGGAUGAUGUCACCGAAAAAGUUAAUGCUGUCUCUUCCGUUAACAUUCCUAGAAGCGUAGCCGAGGUGAAAAAGAAGUAUCAAGUUUUGAAAAGUAGCGUGAAAAAAAUCGAGACCAACAAUUCGAAUGAAAUGAAAAAAACUGGAGGAGGGUCUGCGAUUCUACAACCCCAAAAUACCGUAGGAGAGAAAAUUUUGGCACUUGUUCCACGGGUCGAAAUUUCAGGAAUUGAGGGUGGAAUCGACAUUAGUAAAAUGUCGACCGUUGAUACUGCGCCAUUAAACUUGAUCUCGGUAACGGGCCUCAUCCCAAUUGGAGACACGGGCUCAAGAACAAACAACCCGGCUGAUGCUUCGGAAGAAAAUGCUCCACAUUUUUUCAAGAAACAAACGAAACGUCCUCUGGAAACUACUCUUUUCGCAUUACAAGCUAAACAAGUUAAAUUAUUGGAGACUCAAACAAUGCAACUGGCACAAAUAGUUGAUUUAUUGGCGGAGCGAAACUCAAUUGAAAAGGAGAAGCUACAAAUUAUGAAAAAUAAUUAA